AUGCGCUUUUCAUCCGAAGCCAAGAGCGCCGAGGAAGGGGGUCGCCCUGCUGGGUCCGAGACCGAAUCCACCGCCAGCGUCGAUCCCAAGACCCAGAAGUGGUACCGCCGCUUCAGCCUCAACCCACUGCGCUGGCAAUCCAUUCCGCCCGUCCCCGAGCAGCGGUCCGUCUCGCGCGAAUAUGGCGCUUCUUUCUUCAGCAUCGCCUCCUUUCAGUGGAUGGCCCCGUUGAUGAAGGUCGGCUAUCUACGUCCGCUUGAGCUGCAGGAUAUCUGGACUGUCAACCCGGAUCGAGAGGUCGAUGUGCUGUCAAAGCGCUUCGAGGACGCCCUGGAGAAGAGGACAUCCACUCAGGUAAAGCGUCCGCUGCUCUGGGCUCUGUACGACACCUUCCGCUUCGAGUUCCUGCUCGGCGGCUUCUGCCACCUGCUCACGUCGCUGCUGCUCGUCUUUGCGCCGUACCUGACGCGCUACCUCAUCGCCUUUGCGACCGACGCCUAUGUCGCGCAGCACACCGGCCAGCCUGCGCCGCAUAUCGGCCGCGGCAUGGGCUUUGUCGUCGGCAUCACCGUCAUGCAGGCCAUCCAGAGUCUGUGCACGAACCAGUUCCUGUACCGCGGCCAGAUGGUCGGUGGGCAGGUUCGCGCCGUGCUCAUCCUGCAGAUCUUCAACAAGGCCAUGAAGCUCUCUGGGCGGGCCAAGGCCGGUAACGUCCAGAGCCCGGAGCAGCAGGAGAAGAUCAAGGAGCUGAAGGCGGCCAAGGAGAAGGCGCUGAAGAAGCCCGGGGCGUCGCCGGCCGAUGACAAGGGAUGGGGCAAUGGUCGCAUUGUGGCCUUGAUGAGUAUCGACGUUGAUCGCAUCAACUUGGCCUGCGGCAUGUUCCACAUCUCCUGGACCGCCCCGGUCAGUAUCAUCGUAGCGCUCAUUCUGCUACUGGUCAACCUGACCUACAGUGCGCUGGCGGGAUUUGGACUGCUCGUUAUUGGAAUGCCAUUUCUCACCUACGCCGUGCGCUUUCUGUUUAAGCGCCGCAGGAACAUCAACAAGCUAACUGACCAGCGUGUCUCGCUAACCCAGGAAAUCCUGCAGGGCGUACGCUUCGUGAAGUUCUUUGGCUGGGAGAGUAGUUUUCUAGACCGUCUCAAGGAGAUUCGCCGUCACGAGAUCAGGUCGAUCCAGACCCUGCUAGCGGUGCGCAAUGGUAUACUCUGUGUUUCGAUGGCGAUUCCCGUCUUUGCAUCCAUGCUCUCCUUUAUCACCUACGCGCUGUCAAACCACAUGCUGGACCCUGCACCGAUCUUCUCCUCUCUGGCCCUCUUCAACUCGCUGCGCAUGCCACUCAAUCUGCUGCCUUUGGUCCUUGGUCAGAUUACCGACGCCUGGACCGCUCUCAACCGCAUUCAGGAGUUUAUCGUGGCGGAGGAGCAAAAGGAGGACAUUGAGCGCGAUGAGAGCAUGUCGGAUGCCGUCAGGAUGGAUCAUGCCUCGUUCACCUGGGAGCGCAUGGCUGCGGACAAAGAAGGCGACCAAACUGGGAACACUUCACAGUCCGAAAAGCCAACGGAAAAACCGGCAGACUCCGCUGACGGCGACGAACCUUUCCAGCUCCGCGACAUGAGCUUGGAUAUCCGCCGAGAUGAGCUGAUUGCGGUCAUUGGCACCGUCGGCUCCGGAAAGAGCUCUUUACUGGCUGCGUUGGCCGGUGAUAUGCGCCUGACCGACGGCGCCGUCCGAUUAAGCACAACGCGGGCAUUCUGUCCCCAGUAUACGUGGAUCCAGAACGCAACACUUCGCAGCAACAUUCUCUUCGGCAAAGACUACGACGAUAAAUGGUACGAUCAGGUCAUUGAUGCGUGCGCGUUGAAACCCGAUCUCGAAAUCCUGCCCAGCGGCGAUGCGACCGAGAUCGGGGAACGGGGAAUUACCAUCUCUGGCGGACAGAAACAACGGCUGAAUAUCGCUCGGGCUAUUUACUUCAACGCCGAGCUGGUUCUCCUCGAUGACCCCUUAUCCGCUGUCGACGCCCAUGUCGGCCGGCAUAUCAUGGACAAGGCCAUCUGCGGCUUGCUCAAAGGGCGCUGCCGCAUUCUGGCGACGCAUCAGCUCCACGUCCUCAGCCGGUGCGACCGCAUCGUCGUGAUGGACGAUGGCCGCAUCCACGCAGUCGGCACGUACGAUGAACUCUCCCGCGACAACGAGCUCUUCAAACAGCUCAUGUCGACCUCCUCGCAAGACUCCAAGCAAGACGAAGAAGAAGCCACGGAAGUCGUCGAGCAAGAGACCGAGAAAGUCGCCGAGCAGAAGCCCGCCAAACCGCCAGCAGCCCUCAUGCAGCAGGAAGAAAAAGCAACCGACUCGGUCGGCUGGGCCGUCUGGAAAGCGUACAUCCGCGCCUCCGGCAGCCCCUUCAACGCCCUCGCCAUCCUCUUCCUCCUCGCCCUCGCCAACGUCGUCAACGUCUGGACAAACCUCUGGCUCUCCUACUGGACCUCAAACCACUACCCCUCCCUCUCAACAGGCCAAUACAUCGGCAUCUACGCAGCCCUAGGCGCAGGCUCCGCACUCACAAUGUUCAUCUUCUCAACAUACAUGACAACAGCCGGCACAAACGCCAGCCGCAAACUCCUCCAGCUCGCCAUGACCCGCGUCCUCCGCGCCCCAAUGUCCUUCUUCGACACCACCCCCCUCGGCCGCAUCACAAACCGCUUCUCCAAGGACAUCGGCGUCAUGGACAACGAGCUCUGCGACGCAAUGCGCAUGUACGCCAUCACAAUCACAAUGAUCGUCUCCAUCAUGAUCCUCAUCAUCGUCUUCUACCACUACUUCGCCAUCGCCCUGGCCCCGCUCUUCAUCCUCUUCCUCCUAGCAUCAAACUACUACCGCGCCUCCGCGCGCGAAAUGAAACGCCACGAGUCCGUCCUCCGCUCAACCGUCUACGCCCGCUUCAGCGAAGCAAUCACCGGCACAGCCAGCAUCCGCGCGUACGGCGUAACGUCGCAAUUCCGGCUCUCCCUCGUCGACGCAAUCGACACCAUGAACGGCGCGUACUUCCUCACAUUCAGCAACCAGCGCUGGCUAUCGGUGCGUCUCGACGCCGUCGCCGUCCUCCUCGUCUUCGUCACAGGCGUCCUAGUCGUAACCUCGCGCUUCGACGUCUCCCCCUCCAUCUCGGGCCUCGUGCUCAGCUACAUCCUCGCCAUCGCGCAGAUGCUGCAGUUCACCGUCCGCCAGCUCGCGGAGGUCGAGAAUAACAUGAACGCCACCGAGCGCGUGCACUACUACGGCACGCAGCUCGAGGAAGAAGCCCCGCUGCAUAUCCCCUCAAACCCCGUCCCAGACUCCUGGCCACCAUCCGGGACCAUCACCUUCGCCAACGUCGCAAUGCGCUAUCGAGCCGGCCUCCCCCUCGUCCUGAAGAACCUCUCCAUGACCAUAACCGGCGGCGAACGAAUCGGAAUCGUCGGCCGCACCGGCGCCGGCAAAUCAAGCAUCAUGUCCGCACUCUUCCGACUAACGGAACUCUCCUCGGGAAAGAUCACAAUCGACGACAUCGACAUUUCCACAAUAGGCCUGCAGGACCUGCGCUCGCGAUUAGCAAUCAUCCCGCAGGACCCAACGCUCUUCAAAGGCACGAUCCGCUCCAACCUCGACCCGUUCAACGAGCACACAGACCUGCAGCUCUGGGAUGCGCUAAGGAAAGCGCAUCUCAUUGACGCCGAGCCGACCCCGAACCCGAACCCUAUUUCCACAUCCGCCAUCGACGCCCCAGACUCCGCACCCGCAACCAACACAGCAGCAAAGCUCACCCUCGACACACCGGUCGACGAAGAAGGUCUCACAUUCUCGCUCGGCCAGCGGCAGCUCAUGGCCCUCGCGCGCGCGCUCGUCCGCAACGCGCGGAUCAUCAUCUGCGACGAGGCGACGAGCAGCGUGGAUUUCGCGACGGACCAGCGGAUCCAGGAGACCAUGGCGCAGGGGUUCCGGGGGAAGACGCUGCUGUGUAUUGCGCAUCGGCUGCGGACGAUCAUCCAUUAUGACCGGAUCUGUGUGAUGGAUCAGGGGUCGAUUGCGGAGAUGGAUAGUCCGUUGGAGUUGUGGGAGCGGGGUGGGAUAUUUAGGGCCAUGUGUGAGCGGAGUGGGAUUUCGAGGGAGGAUAUUGCCGGACAGUAA